AUCUAUUAAACGUAGAAGGUGUAGGUCACGUGAGGCGCUCGGGUCGCCCUGCGGUUGGCUGGCCGAAGUUCCUGUUUGUUUGGGUGGCGAUUGUCCGGUGUGGCCCGUUCACGUGCAGAGCCAGCCGCGGGGGAUGAGUGGGAGGAGUGUCAGCCCCCUGGAGGAGACCUUGACUGCAAACUGUUGCUCACUGAUAAGAGAAUUGACGUUGGUGUGCAAACUGAAAAUUUGAAGAGGGCUGCAUUUCGUCUGUGUGCUAUCAAUAAAUGUUCACAAUGAAAAUUAAAUAAGGCAGAAUAUGACUGGACACUUUUAGUUUGGAGAUGCCUAGAAAAAGGAGGAGUUUGUCCCUAAGUCCUCAAAAGAAGACAUCAAACCCCAACAUCCCUGUGUCCCUUUCAUCUUCUGCUUCAUUGCCCCUUCCACCAGCAAUGAGCGGUAACAAGAAGGAGAUGCUCCGCAGUAUGUGUGAGAUGUUUCCCAAUCUGGAACCUUCCUUGAUAGAAAUGGUGCUCUCUGAAUAUACUGAAGUUGAAAUCGUGAUGGACUAUCUCUUGGAGCUCUCAACAGUUGCUAAAAUGGAGGCUAAGCUGGAGUCCACAGGUUUUGAAAAUAUUACAUCGUAUUUAGAUGAUUUCCAGAUGGAUUCACAUAGUCCAGAAAAUGGGGACACUGACAAAGCUGAAGAUUACCCAGAUGACACGUACAUAGAUGAGACUGGUUGCCAUGAUCUGGAUAUGUUGUUGGAUGAAGCGCUGGAUAGGUAUGGCCUAACAAGUUCAGAAGAUAUUUAUAGCAAAGAGAAACCCGACAGUUCAUUAUCGGAAGCAUCAAUCAGCGGUGUUAUGUCACAGCAGGUUCAAUCUACGUCACCUGGGAAUACCUCGUUUCACACCGAGUAUGUGGCAAACAUUCCUCAGAACCAGAUAAGCCUGGAUAGGGCAGAGCAGUUGCAAUUGGGUGACACACCUCACAAAUCUAAUGCUGAUACCAUCUCUACUACAUCAUCAGUUAAAUCCAAAAUAACUGAACUGGAACAGACAGCUGAUUUUAUGACUUCUCCAGGCACACAUGACAUUUUUUUACAGAAUGAUAAGGUUGGAACUACUAAUUCCCAAAGACAUUUUGUAAGCAGUAAAAUGCCUGCUGCUCAGAAAUUUAGCCAAGAGAGCAUAAAAUCGGUAUUAACAGGGCAGUCUAUUGCACCAAGUGUUUCUCCUAAGUCCCAAUAUAAAUGGAAUCCAUUGGCAUCAACAUUCAUUCCAGCAGCUAAUCCACAAGGCUCAUUCAUCACUCCAGUAGUUGCUAAUCCUGUACAAUGGCCAUAUGCUGCAUGUGCAAUACAACCUAGUGGAGUCCUUUCUUUUAAUGCUCAGGUUCCCUCUGCAUAUGCCUGGAAUCCAUUUUCUUCAAUACAGUGGACUGCUGAAAACGUGAAGCCCAUAAGUGUGCCUAAACCCAAACCACAGCUUAUUGCUCAGACCUCUAAAAAAGUGACACGUUUAGUAGGAAAAGUGCUAAUUCUGUUAAGAGGUGCACCAGGAUCUGGGAAAACUACACUGGCAAGAAUGUUAUUGGAGCAGAACCCGACUGGAGUUAUUCUAAGUACUGAUGAUUAUUUUCAGAAAAAUGGCCAAUACCAGUUUGAUAAAAACUGUCUGAGUGAGGCUCACGACUGGAAUCAGCAGCGAGCUAAAGAUGCUUUUGAGAAGAAUGUCUCACCGAUCAUAAUAGACAAUACCAACUUACAAGGAUGGGAAAUGAAGCCAUAUGUCUCUAUGGCCAUGAAACACAAAUAUAAAGUAACAUUUCGUGAACCAGAAACGUGGUGGAAAUAUAAACCUAAAGAACUUGAAAGGCGUAACAUUCAUUGUAUAAAGAAGGAGAAAAUAGUGAAAAUGAUGGAAAAUUUUGAACGUGUUACAGUCAGCUCUAUAUUAAAUCUGUCUCGUGCAAAGGAGCCUGAGAGUGCUGGUGCGGGUCAACUAAAAUCAGAUGAAAGAAAUGGCAACACCUUGGUUAAAGAAGUUAAUUCUUCUACAACAGAAGCCAAAAAUCUUUCUGGCACAGAUGUAACGGCUGUCGGUGCAGAUAAAAGCCUUGUCUCAGAUGAAGGAAGAAAUGGUCCCAACAUCUCACUGAAUAUAAUUGAGUCUGUGAAACAAAACACAAAGAAUACAGAUGAUGAACCUGAGACAUGUUCAGAUAAUGUUUUUUGCCUAGAGGAUAAUUCCAUUGAGAAUCAGCCUUGCAGUAUUGAAAACGUAUCUACUGAAAUAAGUAUACAGGAGGUAAAUACAGACAAAGAAGAUAAUUCAGAUGUUGGUUGCAGUUCAUCACAACUCAGUGAAAGACCAGAGCUUCAAAGUUUUGUUGGGGACUGGCCUUCGGAACAAACCUUAAAGCAGAGAGCACCAAGAAACAGAAAGAAGGCCAAGCCUGUUCAGCACCCUGCCGCAGAAGAAACAAUUGAAGUCUGUAGUUUGGAGCAAAUGGAUUUCAAUGAGCUUGCUCCAAAGGAGGAUGUUACUACACGAAUGACCAAUUUGGAAACGGAAUCUUCUGUAUCAAGUAAUUUUAAUGGAAUGAAUUUACAAAAAAUGGAAAAUCAAUUACACACAAUCCCCCCUUACAGUGACAAUGUAAACAAAGAUCUGAUAGAACAAGUCGAUGAAUCUGGUGUUGAGUUCCCUGAACUUCUACAGGAAGUGCCACAAGUUACUGUAAAGUAUAUAAAUACAGACAUGUCAAGUGUUACAACAGAUAUGGAAUAUAUGAUGAGAUCAGGCAAGAGCAGUUGUAGAAAUUGUAAGUUCUCUCUAACCUUUUGUAAUAGUUGCUUCAGAACUGAUAGAACAUUGCCUCCAUGUGAAAUGAUAGAUGUAAACCAAAGUAGUACUGGAAUCAGUACAUGCACUCAAACUGAACCUUAUGAGUUUGCAAUAGCAUGGAGAGCAGAGAAGAAAACAAUGGAAGUCUUUGGGUCCCUAAAGGUUCUUACUGGAAAAGUUGAUCGGUUUAAAUCAAAGUCAUUAGAGACUAAUGAAUAUUCUCAAGAAAAUAUACCUUAUAGAAUGAUGCAUCACAAAAGUACAUUUGUAGAAGAAAAUGAGAUAAUAAGUCUACAAGAUGAAGAUAGUUUGCAAAUUCUUUGUAAGAUGUUUAGGUCUCUUUCUUUUGAUGUGUUGAAAGAUCUUUUUGACAGGUGCAAUAAAGACCUGGAAUGGGCAACAAAUUUGCUUCUUGAUUCUGGAGAAAAAAUAUAUAAAGAUGAAUAUGAUCAAGAUGAAAGGUUAAAACCUGUUGAUAACUGUGAACAUGUAGAAAAUGACUGUCAAUUAGAGGAAGACCGUAUUCACCCUGAUGGCUCUCGAACAAAUGAUAAUUCUGAACUAACUGAAGAACAGUCUGCAAGCUUAAAAGUGGAUGACAACAGUAUUGAAAACAGCAGUGGCAUUGUUUUAGAAAAUUAUACUCUUGCUAAUACUGUACCCUUAGUUGUUGCUGAAGAGUUAAAGAAUGGCAAUGUUUUAUCAUCUGCUGAAGCGAGUGGAACUACUAACUGCAUUAUACUGGACAGUGUUCAACCUGGCCAAUCCACAGUACCUGAUACUAUUGAAGCCCAUAUAAUGUGGUCCUCCGGUUUAGAAGGGGGGCAGUUUAAUGCUCAAGAUCCAGAUCUUAAUAUAGAUAUUGAAACCAAUAACAACAUAUUGAAUGAAAAAACCAUCAAGAAAGACGUUAAUCAGGAAAUGAAUCCUCUUAAUGGAGUGCUAUAUGAAACUGAUGGAAAAGAUCAAGAAAAUAAGGAUGCGUUGCCUAUUUCUGUAGAAUCAAAUAAGCCACGAAAAAACUCUUCUUCGCAGCCCAAGGACUUAAAAUUUGACUAUUUAGAAUUAUCGUUACCUCCAGAACUUGCCUUCCAGCUAACUGAAUUGUUUGGCCCUGUUGGAAUCGAUCCAGGCUCCCUAACUAUUGAGGAUUGUUUGGUUCCUAUAGACCUUAAACUGGCUGAAGCGAUCCAUAAAAAGUGGAAACAAUCAAUAGAGGAGAGGCAUAAUCAAGAAGCAUUAUCCUAUCAACUUCUGUUCGAAGACUUUACAACCAAUGAUCAAAUACAACUGGACAGUCUUCUUCAGGAACAGGAGUCUAGGCUGGAUGGAAAUAAUUUAGUUGUUUCCCAUGGAGAAACUGAUAUGUUUCCAUUCAUGGACCAGUGGAAUACCAGAAUAAAGAAAGUUUCGCUGCGGCAGAUCAUGUCUGAAGAAAUGGCAUUUCAGGCCCGGGAAGAUAUGAAGAAGCCUUUAGCAUCGUCAAACUGCGCUGUGAAAAUGAAGGAGAAGCAACUCUUGGAACUGUUUCCUAACAUAGAGCAAAACCUGCUUAUGGACAUUUUUAAAGAAAACAAUUAUUCUUUAGAGACGACAGAAGAGUUCAUCAGCUCAGCACUAGAAGCUGAUCCUGUGCAGAAUGUUGUGGCUCAAGGGUUUAAACAGGAGCUGCCCUCAUCAACUGACAGAAUGAAGGAAAAGAGAGCAAAAGCAGAUAAAGAGGAUCUCGGUGAUCGCUAUUUCCAGGAUUUGGAAUGCCCAGAAUAUGAUGACUUCAGGGCAGAGGCCCUUCUGUAUCAUCGGAAGCAGCAGGAAAGCUACAGGAAAGCAGCGGAAGCUCACACCCGGGGAAUGAAACAAGUGGCAGCCUUUUAUGCACAACAGGGCUAUUUGUAUGGGCAGAAGAUGAAAGAGGAGAAUAACAGAGCAGCUGUGCAGAUUUUUGAACAGGCUAAUGAGUACCUCCUGCCAGAAAAUAUAUUGGAUUUACAUGGACUUCAUGUAGAUGAGGCUAUGAAACACUUCCGCAGCGUCCUGCAAGCGAAGACAGAAGAUUAUCGACAGAAUGGAGGCAGCCCGCACCUUCUUGUGAUAACGGGAAGAGGGAAUCGUAGCCAGGGAGGUGUUCCACGCAUUAAACCAGCAGUCAUAGACUACCUCACAAAUCACGACUACAGAUUUCAGGAGAAGACAUCAGGUGCCCUACGCAUCACACUUAAAUGAAUGGCUGUAUGAAUUGACUCGAAGACCAUUUCUACUGUAAAGUGGAGCGUUUUAACACUUGUGUAAUCUGUAGUUGUGUUAAAAGUGUUGACAGUGAAGGGAAUGUAUACAAAAUAAUGUAAUCUCUUAAAUGUGUGAUAAUUGGAGAUUAAGGGAGCGUUCUGUUGAACCAACAAAAUAUGGGAAAAUGUUUUCAAUAAUUGAUUAGAUAGUUAUUUCUUAUCUAACAAGUUGAGCAUAUGUCCUCAUGCAUGUUACUUUUAAACGUUAAGGUUUUUCAUCUUGCCCAUUUGAGGUGUGCCUGGCAUGUUCCUCAGUUACACCAUUUUAUAUUUGUUUUUAAAACUUGGUGCUGAGGUUUAAUGUAUAAUAGUUCCUUUCUGAAUUAUUGAGUACCCAUUUUAAAGCAACAUUUUACUUUUCUCUGUUUUGGAACUAUUGAAUGUAAUAGGUAUAUGUGAAAUGAUACCACUUUUGGAAUUUAAGGGCUUACACACAAGGGAUGGAGACUCAGAUUGUCACCUUGUAGCAUGGCAUUGCCUGCAGGUUGGUUCACAUUCACUUUUAUACUUCUGUUUUCUUGCACUCCCAGCUCAGGAUCACUUUAGUGGAGAGAAUGGAGCUGUGUCCACUAAAGUAUGUUGGAUAGCAUAGCAACCUUUGUUGAUUAUAGAGAUCAUCAUGCACACAUCAACAUGCAUCAGAAUUAAACGGAUGUCCAAGAUGAAUCUUUAAUAACAGCCUUCAAAACCCUUGAUGUUGAGCCCAAGCUUUCCUUUCAUUUUAGAUGUUCUCUCUAGGCAAAUAUUUCCAUAAGGUGUUGUGUUGAGGAAUUUUUAUUAAGAGUUAAGAUGCUUUCAUUCGUUUGGAAUAUCACUGGUCCUAUUAAAGGUUUGAUAUGUAAUGAGCAGGAACAAUGUUAUUUCAGCCAUCAGUAUAAUAUUUUGUAAGACUGUUACCGAGCGCUGCUAUUACGUUUUUUAUUUUUUUAUGAAAUGUGCAUUACGCAUACAUAUCAGGAGCUGAAAUUUUGUGGAAUUUCCGCACCCUAUUUAUUAACCUUAAGUUGUUUUUGUGCAAAAAAAAUGUAAUGAUUGAGUAUUAGGCAUCGAGCAUACUAAAGCAUUCGUCCGUGGAGGGCCGUAUUUACCCAAACGGGAAGGCACAGUUUGUUCCAUGUAUCCUUCUGGAGGCAGUCCCAUUGAUGUCAAUUGGAAAGUAUCGGUUGCACAGACACAGCUUCUGCUCACAAUUUGACAUCCAUGUGGGUGCAGGUGCACAUCCCUAUCAGAUUGGGAGCAGUGGCUGUGUCCAUGCAGCUGCUGCGUCCCAGUUGUCAUCAGUGGGACUGCCUGCACAGAAAUUGCCAGAACACUUGUUCCUUUUUCAUCCCAAUGUUUGCAGACCACAGGGAUAUUUUACCUGCACAACAAAUCCUUUUUUUUUUGCCAAAUGCAUUUUUUAAUUUGCUUCAGGCACUGAAGUCAAAUAUUAGUCAAGUCCUGUGCCACAAAGGUUCACAAACCUGUGUAAGCAGGUCAGCACUGUUCAUUCUGCAGCAAAGUGAACAUGAAGGUAAGCUCACAUUGCUGCAGUUUUGGAUACAAACUCUAGGAUUUUUAUUAAAACUACUAUCAUGUAAUAGUAUAUACCUAUUGCUCUAGUCAUGGCCAUUAAUUUUGAAUUCAAACAAAGUUGAAACAAGUUUUAAAAGCACUUGGGCCUCGUCAUCGAGGUAUUUACAAAAAUAGAUAUAAUUAGCAUAGACACUCCAUUGGUGUGAAAACAUCCAUUUAUUUUUCUUUAAUUAAGUGCCCCAGCUUUUUUCAUCACUUAUUAUUUCACAUUACGUAGAAUUUUUAGAAGUUUCAACACAUUCAGAAGUCUUGUACUGGUUUCACUACUUGCUCAAAGAUAUACUGUUUGGCAAUGUUGUGCAAGUAGAUCAAUUCACUUGGCACUCAGUAUUGGUAAUACUUUGUAAUAGCCUGACAUUUUCAGAGCUCUCUCUAAUAAAACUAUUUAUUUUACCUCUGAUAGGGCAGAAUAACACAAGUGUGUUCCUUUCUUUUACUUCCUACAAUGAAAAUAGCUGUAUGCAAACUGCUUAGUAAGCUAAUGGUCACUGAAUCAUCUUAAGCUGCAUAUACAAUAAUAGAUUUUCAAAGGAGCAAUUGUACAAAAAUUGAUGCAAAAAUGAUCAGUACAUUCAAUGGGUUGAUGGAUUUUGUUAAAAUUUAGUUUGCCCUUUACAUUCGAUUUUGGAACAAAAACAACAUGCACUGUUGGAAUUUUUUUCUAGAAUUAGUUAAUUUUUAUCCUGCUGUUUUCAAUUUUCUCUUAACAGCAGUCGAAAACAAAUGUUGAUUUGACUCCACCAAUGAUUAGAAAAUCAAACAAACAUUCUUAAAAGGAAAAAUUCUACUAUUGUAUAGCCAUCUUUUAGUGUAGAAGGUUUGGCUGGGAGGAAAUCCCACCUUGUAGUUAAAGUUGGCACAGUGCAGCAAUCUUCAACUCUCCAAGAAAUUAACAUAUUACCAUUUAUACCAAUUGUAGACCAGAAUUUAAAACACUU